AUGAAUCGCAAUGUUGGUGCCGAGAGGAACUAUUUGAUCGGAGCGAUCACCGUGCUGCAGAGCGAUCAGCCAAACUCACUCGUCGAGAUAUGCCUUGAGGAGCCACUGAAAAAACACCCAUCGAGCUUGGUCGGACACUUGAACCAGCCACCGAUCCACCUGAUCAGACUCAUCGGAACGUGGUCUCGCUUGGUCAUCGAGGAUCUCAAGCUGGCAUCAGAGCUGAAGCUGUACCUGGACGUUUACGAACCUCAAUUUAACACCGACCACAGUUGGGACUUCCACGACGGUAUCCGCGCCGAGCUGCUGAUUGCGAACCCUGAUGAUGCAGACCAAGCGGCGUGGUUUAUCAAGACGAUCGAUAUGCGUUCACAUCUUUCAAGUCAUCUGUCCCUCCGAUCACCCCAGCCUGGACCCGUACAUAAUCAAGCACACGCUUCACCCACAACCUACUUCGAAUCUAUGCUUUAA